AUGGCAUCAUAAUUAUUAGAAAAGUUGUUCCAAAAUAACCCUCAUUUGAAUGAGAUCUAAAGAGAUCGAGUUUCAGAAACCUUACAAUACUUAGAGAAGCAUAAAAUAUCGCUUUUAUUCGAAGUAAAGCUUGAGAUGAUUACAUUUAGGAAUUAUUGUCUUAAUUAAUAUUUGAGAUGAGCAGUUAACCGAGAAAAACACUAUUGGAUACUCUUAAAAAUCAUAAAACUUAGACUUUCUUUGAUACUUCUGAUUAUGAGGUUAUUUUUGAACAUUUUGAUACAUUUAAUGAUAAAACUGUCAAGAUUAAUUCAAUCAGAUAGGGAUUAUAGAUAAUUGGGAUUUCAAAAUCAGAGGAGGAAAUAAAUCAAUAAUAUUAGACUAUUUUAAAAAAAGGGUUUGUCAAUAAAAAUGAAUUUGUUGAUAUAAUGAUCAAUGAAUAUAGUUAGAGAUGA